CCUCGCUCCCGCCCUCAUCCCCGACCAUGGCCAGCCGCGCCCUCACCCCGUGGCUCACCAGAGAGUGGCUCUCGCACCGCAACCUCCACGGCGCCACCCUUCCCGAUACGCCCACCGUCGAGACAAAGCGCCUGCAGCUCGUCACCGCCACCGGCAUCUCGCACGAUCCCGACGACACCCUCUUGUGGUGCGAGGUGACCGACGGCGAGUGCUGGAUCGACUGCUGCAUCCCGACCUCGCUCGUCGACGCUUUCGACUCCACCACGUCGUUCAAGUUCACCGCCUCGUCCGCGACCAAGUGCCUCUUCCGCGCCCACUCUUGGCGCUUCGUCCUCGCCUCGCCCCUCGUCCCCGCGCGCUCGUCCCCUUCCAAGCGCCACCUCGCCGCCACCGCCGCCGGCCACCAGCAGCGCAAGUCGCCCCGCGUGUGCCUCCGCCUCGAGCGCUUCGACCGCCACUCGACCGGCGACGGCAACUUUGCCGAGAGCUUUGCGUUCCGCGACGCCGCGCGCGACGACGGCGCCAAGGGCAAGGGCACGGGCGAGGGCGCGAGGGCCGAGUCCGACAAGCAGAGGGCCAUGUGGGUGCGCAAGGUCGAGCAGGCGGCACUCGGUUGGCAGGCUGGGGCAGAGAAGGGCGCUCCCGAGGUGGCAUACGCAGCAGAUCUUCCGCCUGAUCCCGCACGGCGCACGCGUCCCGCACCCGCACCCGCACCCGUCCGCAACCCUCCCCUCUUCCCCACCGCCUCGACCUCUUCCUCCUCCUCGUCCGCCGCACCCGCCGCACCUCCCGUCGCUCUCGCGCACGAGCCUACGCGCUUGCGCCCGUCCUGGCCCGCCGACGGUACGCCCGUCCGCCUCGACUGGGCGAGCGCAAAGGCGCUCCUCGACCGUCGAGCCGCCUCGACGACGGCCAAGUCGGCCAAAGCGGGCGGCGUGCGGCGCAACAGCGAGGCGCAGAAUGUGCCGCCUGCGCCCGUACAGCCGAGCGCGAGCGGGGCGAGGGCCCGCGACGACGCGCCCGCACCCGUUGCCGGCACCGCCCCGGUCUCGCUCGACUGGACCGCUGCCUCGUCGCUCCUGUCGUCCUCGGCGCGCAAGCGCACCACGUCCGCCUCACUCGCACCUGCGGCGGCGGCGUCGCCCUCGCCCUCGACGCGGGCGCCCCUCGGAUCGCCCGCGACAGCAGCACCAAGCGCCACCCCUGUCGCCCUCGACUGGACCGCCGCCGAGUCGCUCCUCGUGUCGUCGUCGGCGCGCAAGCGUGCGAGGACGUCCACCGGCUCGACCUCGACGUCGUCGGCCGCCGUGCUCGAGUCGAACCGCGCCUUGCUCGAUCACGAGGCGCGCUCGCGCGCACGAGCCCAGGCGCAGGGGCGGUCGCCGACCGGCUCGCAGCCGCAGCCCCAGACGCAGCCGCAGCGCGUGCUGAGCAGCGCAGAACAAGACGCCGCGCACAAGCGCAAGCAGGAGCGCCUGCGGCUGCUCGCCGUGCAGCUCGCCAACGUCGGCGGCGGCGGCGCGGCGGCGAGUGCGGCGCUCGCGAGCGUGCGUGCGGCGGACGCGAGUGGACGAGUGUCGCCGCGAGGGAGGGGAGCUGCUCGAGGGAGCGCAGGACCGGCGGCAGCGCGCGAGGCGCGACCGGGCGAGAAGAAGGACGGCGAGGCGGCUUUGCGCGCGCGCGAGGCGCGCCGCGAGUCGAGCGGGCCGAGCUCGCAGGCCGAGCGCAAGGUCGAGCGCGGGCAGCGCGAGGCGGCGACGGCAAGGGCGACGACAACCGCUCCGGCGCCGCCGUCUCUGCCUGUUUCUACUCGUCGCGACUCGCCGCCGCCGUCAGCACCAUCGCCGCCGCCACCACCACCUCGCCAAUCCUCGCCUGCCCUCUCUAUCCGGUCACAGGCGAGCGGGCCCGACGGCGCAGUCGACGAGGACGUCGUCAUGCGGGAUGCGAGCUCGCCCGCCCCGCCGCCGAGGCCCGAGCGCCCUCAGCAGCCGUCGUCGCAGCCUCGAGCGAUCGGCGAGCAGCAUCCUCUUCCUCCUCAUCGUCCCAGCGACGCGACUGCCGCCGUCCUCGCCAGCCGGUUCCCACCGCCGAGGCCGCCUCAGCUCCCCCUCGCGCCGAUGGUCGCCCUUCCUCUCGUCCGCCCGGCCAGUCCGCCCUACCCACCGCCAGCGCCCGCCGACUUCGCUCCCCUCGUUGCUGCUCAGCCGCAGCAGCAGCCGCUCUCGAAGCCGGCCGUCGCGCCGCCAGCAGCCGCACCUUCCCCUGCUCGCGCCCAAACCGCCGCCGAUCUCGACGCACAGCCCGCCAAGCACGACGCCGUGCCGCCUGCGUCGACACGCACGGUCACGUCUGCCGUCAAACGGCGGCGCGACGACGAGGACGACGGCGCCUCGGGCCGAGACGUCGCGGCGCACCAGCGCCGUUGCUCAACCGCAGGCUCGUCCGCCGCUCCUUCGCGGCGUUCAGAGCCCGUCGUCGACGCACGGCCCCUCAUCCCGCUCGAGGUGUGGGACUUUGCGGCGUGGCUGCGCAGCCGAGGGCUCGAGGGCUUCGCGCCUCAGGUGCCGCCCGAGGGCGAGGGCGAGGGCGAGGUCGAGCGUGGCGGUGGCGAGCUCGUGCGGCGGCAGAGCCGGCGGCCAGUCCCGGCGAACCGCGGACGGUCCGCGGAGCUGCUACCGUCCGUCACCGAGAGCAAGCGUGCUGUGGAGAGCCGGUCGAAGCCACGCUUUGCUCCGCUUUCGGCUGCGCUCGUUCCGCUUGUUCCACUUCGCCUUCUCGCGAUGCUCUACCGCUCGCUGCGCAAGGCUCGACGGAACGAGGAGGACAGCGACUCGAGCUCGAGCGACGAGGAGCACGAGCGACGACGACGGCCUUCUCAAGUGGCUUCGUUGGGUUCGCAAGCCGUUCAGCACGAGGGUACAGGCAUGCUCGUCGUCUGUGCGUCCUUCUGA